UGGCGCAGCAACGUCUGUGAGCAGCACUGCGGAGGAAGAGCUUAUUUACUUGGUGGCGCGCUUGCUGCCGCAUGCCUGCUGUGGUCGUGAAGACGCCAACGCUUCACUGCUCAGAAUGAACCAGAAGGAAGAAAGAUGACAGCGUGAAAGCUGCGGGAUGUCUUUCAAGAAGGACACGCCGCUGGCCAAUGCGGUGUUCUGGGCGGCCCACAAGGGGAACGUGGCUCUCCUCCAGCUGCUGCUCAACAGCGGACGAGUGGAUGCAGACUGCAGGGACAAAUGUGGAACAACGGCGCUGAUGGCGGCGGCCUACGGAGGCCACAAAGAGUGCGUCAAAGAGCUCAUCAUGCAAGGGGCCGACAUCAACUACCAGAGAGAGACAGGUUCUACUGCUCUCUUCUUCGCUUCCCAGCAAGGCCACAAUGACAUCGUCAAGCUCCUGUUUGAAUUUGGCGCCUCCACGGAAUUCCACACUAAGGAUGGAGGCACUGCUCUCACCGCCGUCCAGCACGGACACGCCAGCGUGGCGGAGACGCUGCUGAAAAACGGCGCCAAUGUCAACGAGCGGCUGAACGAUGGGGCCACGCCCCUAUUCCUCGCCACUCAGGGCGGUCACGUGCCGGUCAUACGUCACCUGCUUGCGUCGGGCGCUAAAGUGAAUCAACCAAGAGAGGAUGGCACCGCCCCACUGUGGAUGGCAGCUCAGAUGGGGCACAGUGAUGCGGUCCGAGUGCUUCUCUUGCGCGGUGCAGACCGAGACGCCUACAGAGAAGAUGGCUCCACGGCGUUAUUUAAAGCGGCUAUGAAGGGACACAGUAGUGUCAUCGAAGAGCUCCUCAAGUUUUCUCCUUCGCUUGGCCUCCUCAAGAAUGGCUCCACGGCCCUACACGCUGCCGUCGAGGGCGGAAACAUCCAGAGCGUUCAGCUUCUCCUUGGCGCGAACGCCGACCCCACGCUCGUCAACCAGAACGACCAACUCCCAGCCGACCUUGCCAAAAGCCAACCCAUUUUGAGGGUUCUGCGUCCCAAAGUCUUGAACGUGACGGCAGAUGACAAUCGCUGUUCCUGUCUCCACAUCUGCUUGCACUAAAAUCACACCUUUAUAACAAUAUACACUGGUGCCCUGAGGUAUCAGUCACACAACUAACGAUAUUUUCAAGAUGGAAACUGUCAUUAGGAUGAUUUUUCAUUCAUACUGUACAUUCAAAGUAAACAUAAAAUUGAGAAUUACACAUUUUGCAUUGAAAACCACCACAUAACUUAACCUUUAGUCCACUAGCUUAAGGCUAAAGCUAACAUAAGCAAUAUAUGCCUGUUAUAGCACUUUACGCUAUAUAUAUUUCAACACAAUCAUUGCAGCAACACAUGUAGGCAGACCAUGUAAAUAGUCAGAUAUACCAUAUACUGUAUUCUUUAUCCUCUGAAAGGAACAACUAUUUGAAUCUCAUUUGAGUCCUAGACAGGAUAUGCCCCCUUGGAAUACGAUUAGCUGCUACAUCCAGGCGGGAAAAUAGGUGUGACCUAAGUAUGAAUUGGCCCAUGAACUGUCCCCAGGUGGCCAAGUUGUGCACGCCAGAAGGAAGGGCACAAUAUGCUUUGAAUUGAAUGAGAACGCAUGACAGAUUCAUGCUUUUUGACUCUAUGUUGUAUCCUACCAUGUGUUCUUGAACAAAACCCUGAAAAUAAACACCAUCAUUCAUCA